CCACCACCAUCUCGCCAAACGCCCGGCCGACGCGCGGAGCAUCCAUGUCACUGCCGAGGGCGACGGAGACUCGCGGUUCAAAAUGCUACGGUGCACGCAACCACGUUUUAUCCCGGCCCACGACGCCGGGGCGGAGCCUCACGCUAUCCUCGUCGGCCCAUCAUCCUCCCUCGCGACGACGGCGCUCCACGGCUGCUGUCGACCGCCCACGGCAAUGACUACGGCGACCGACGGCUGGGACCACGAUCCUUGAGAGCCCAGCAUUGCAAGCGUCAACGAAGACCGCUGUCGCCAUGUUCAGCCAGUACUACCUCGGAGUCCCGUCGGCGACACCCCAUCGCGCGCCCAAACUGAGCCACAAGAAGUCCCGCUACGGUUGCCAGCGAUGCCGCCAGCGGAGAGUCAAGUGCAACGAAGCGAAGCCCGUCUGCGACAGCUGCGAGCGGCACUGCGCCACAUGCUUCUACGACCGCGUCCCGCCCCAGGAACGCUGCAUGGUGCCCGCCGCCCCUUUCGUCCAGGGCACCGCCGAGGCCCGCGUCGCCGCCGCCAUGGCCCGGCCCAAGGACUCCGUCGCCGAGCCCGAUGACCCGCCCGAGACGCGUGAGCGCCGCAUGAUCGAGGUCCGCCUCAUGCACAAGUACCUGACGGAGACGGGCGAGACGGUUGCCAUCGACGACAAGACGCUCUUCAUGUACGCCGCCCUCGUGCCCAAGCUGGCCCUCGGCUCCGACGCCUUGCUCUACUGCAUGAACUCGCUCGCCGCCCUGCACAUUGCCGUCUCCUCUGGCGACGACCGCGAGCCAGCCGCUGUCGACGCCCAUCGCAAGUACCUCUCCAUGGCCCUGCGCGAACACAACAAGGCUCUCACCAGCAUCUCGGAGACCAACGCCGAUAUCGUCUGCCUUACCUCGUCGCUCUUCCGCGUCUGCUCCUUUACGCUACUGCAAGAACGGAGCCGCGUGCCCUAUGAGCCCCCCGUGGAGUGGCUCAUGAUGAAUGCGAGCACCUCGGCUGUCGUCCGCGCAGCCAACAAGAUCGUCGGCCACGACACGCAGUCCGUCGCGUAUCGCAUGCUGCACACAAGCCCCAUCAUCAACAACCUCGAGGAACGCUUCGGCGAAGCGCGACGGCGCGGGCUUGAGCACAUCGUCGCUCGGGAGCCGCUUGGCCGUGAUGCCGAUGAACCCUGGGAUGACGAAAUUCGUGACGCCUACGAGACCACCUUGAGCUACCUUGGAGGUACCGUCGAGGCUGCCCGUGCUGGUGAGGAGCACGAGGUCUGCCGGCGCCUCAUCAUAUUCCCCAUGCUCGUCAAGGGCCGCUUCAUCGAGCUGGUGCAGGAGGGGCAUUCGCGAGCCAUAGUCAUGCUGUCAUUCUAUUUUGCCCUGCUGUCCCGCUACCGACACAUUUGGUGGAUUGGCGACGCGGGAUCUCAGGAAGUGCGCGCCAUGGCCGCGGCGCUCACGGGGGACUGGCUGGCCAUGAUUCGCUGGCCCCUAGAGGUCGUUAGGACGGGCAAGAUCCCACCGCUGCCGACCGACAACGUUUGAUGAUGGAAAAGUUGAAGAGGAAGAACAAUGUGGGAGUGGGCGAGGGGCUGGACAAAGCGGC